UGUCAGCGCUUCCGCGGCCUUUAUGGUUAAAGAGUUGAGCCUUCGCCGUUACGAAAGCGCCAGGGCUCCACUGACUCUUCGAAAGUCAACAAAGAUACGUUCACACCCUCGAUAGUCGUGGGAAGAGUUGCAUGUUUAAGUUCCAGUACAGGCACUAUUGGUUCACCAAACGUCCAGCAACGCUACUGCAACUGUAACUACACAAGACCAGAAGGCAUGAAUGAACACGCCACCCGCCUCAGAAGCCUCGCACCGAGGGAGUUUGCCAAGGAAAUCAUCAGCAAGAACGCCAAUGACGGCAUAGAAAACCCAUUUUUCGUCGUAGACGUCGAUGACCUGUUCUACAAGGUCGAGCUUUUGCUGAAGCAUUUCCCACGAGUGAAGCCAUUUUAUGCCGUCAAGUGCAACGAUAACCCUGUCGUGCUGGAAGUCCUUGCGGCUCUUGAUGUGGGAUUUGACUGCGCCAGUAUCGCCGAGAUCGAAGCCAUCAUCUCACUUCGCGUGGACCCGUCACGUAUCAUCUACGCUCACACUCAGAAGCAUGUCAGCUAUCUUCACCGUGCUUGGAAGCUGGGAGUCGACCUUAUGACCUUCGACAGCGCCGAUGAACUUUACAAGAUAAAAGGGCACUAUCCACGCGCGCGCCUGGUGUUGAGACUGAAGGUUCAGAACAAGAAAGCUUGGUUCCGCUUGGGAGACAAGUUCGGCUGUUCCGAGGGCGAGGCUGUCGAACUGCUUCACCUGGCCAAAAGCCUCGACCUGGCCGUCGUGGGCGUGUGCUUCCACGUCGGAGGAGGUAACGAGGAUGCCAGCGCUUUUGCAACAGCUAUUGCAGCCGCGAGGCGGACCUUCGACGCCGGCCGAGACAUCGGUUUCGACGUUACCUUGCUGGACAUCGGCGGCGGCUAUCCGAGAGAGAAAGGAUGCCCGCCACUUUUCUUGGAGACCGCAGACAUCGUCAACGAGUGCCUGGAGAAACACUUUCCUGAAAGCUACGGUGUAACCGUAAUCAGCGAGCCUGGCGGUUUCGUCGUUUCAUCAGCCCUCUCCAUCUACACAAAGAUCAUCGGCAAGCGCAUGAGCGAGGGCAGCGACGGCACCAAUCCAAGUGUAUGCAUGUACUACAUCAACGAAUCCAUGUACAAGUCCUUCAUCAUGUCCUUCUACAAUGAAGAUGUUAUUCAUCCGGAGCCACUUAAGGAGGUGACGGGUCCCAUGCAGCCAAGCAUGGUGUGGGGCAUCACGUGCGAUGGCUCGGACAGAAUAAAAAGCGCCUGCGGGCUCCCUGACAUGGACGUGGGUGACUGGUUAUGCUUCGAGAACAUGGGCGCAUACAGCAUCACCAUUACCUCCCCCUUCAAUGGGUUCCCCAACGCAGAUAUCCAUUACCGAGCCAGCAAGUUUGUGCAAGAACUCCUGCGCCGAAAGCAAAUUGUUUCCUUCCUGGAUACUGCUUGAUAAGGCCCAUACACUAUUUUACCUCGUGGCACAUUUUGUGGUAAAUUGCUGGAAGGUCACAUGUCCCCGACACCGUGACUAUGGUUUAAGGUAUCUUCAGUAGGAGAUGCAAUUAGAACUUACAUGCUUAGUUAACCUCAAGUAGGACAACCUGUGGACAUCCUUAUGGAUGCGUAUACCCACUGGACCACAGCGAGCUGCAAGUACAUGUAGGCAUAUUCGUAUAAAGUAGGUAAACGCCCUUCUAUAUAUAUAUCCCCGACAGUGUAGUAUGCUGUCAAGGGCUCCCUACCUCCUGCGAGUAACUAUAUUUGUGAGAUGUGAUAACGGAUUGUACUGUUUUCUGCGUCGAUUUCAUUGAAUUCGUUUAUCAGCGUUCCCACAUUCCAACAUGAUGGCUUUUGUUAAUUGAGAUAUUUUUUCUUUGAGAAUUUGUGAAGUAAGCUCCGCCGUCAUGACAGUGACGGCCUGAUGUCUCAGCUAGCAACGGACGAGCGGAUGCAGAUUCUUUAGCGCUGGAACUAUAAAACAAAACGUUGGAACGAACACAGAUAGCCCAAAUCGCGCUAACAAAUGCGACGCAUGUAUGUUUCCUGCCCUUGACGAAAGGUAUGGAUGCAAACAACUUUAUUGCAAAUCCGGCAAAGUUUAACGACGCAGGCUCAGGUCUCUCAUGAAGGGACUUCGAGGCCUUGCCUCGUCGCCGUCUCUUGGGCCCGCUGGACUGCCCACUCUAGCAUUUUGAGGUUGGAGCUGCGCACAGCGGCGGCCCAAUUCGACGCAAGAGCCUCGGGAGCUGCUGCCAUUUUAUAUGAUAUAACAGGAAUUUCCACAAGAUGUGCGAGAGCGUCGCUCUAGUUGCCUGACAUAACUUGCAAAGAGCACUCGGGUAUUUUGCGGGGAAAAUCUGCCGCAAUCGCACCGGGCUGGGGAAGGUAUUUGUCUACAGUUGUCGCCAGGCGACUACCUGGCGGCAUUUCAGUUUGGGGUGAGGUGUGGGCAAUAUCCCGCCUGCGUAGGGUGCGUGCGCAAAGCGGACAUAAUAAAGUUUUCACCCUAAAAACAACAAAACAUGCUGGGCGCUUUCAGCUGGCAGCUCAAUGGGCUUGAAUUUGCGCAGCCAACGUCUUGCUUUUGCGCCUUACAGCAUCAUUCAUGUACAGAAGGCGCGUUUCUUCAAUGCGAUUGGGCGGCGGCGGCUUUCGGUUGGUAGAAAAGGUGGUUUCUAGUAAAAGUACUUAAUUUCUUCGACAGAAACUCAUGUUCCAGUUACGGUUCAAUAUGUUAGGUAUCUCAAGGCUUCUAGGCCCCAAUUAUGCUCCACAAGUUUUGAUGAACUUAGCUCGGAUGCAGCAACGAAUGUCAAAGGAAAACAUUUUUUGGGUGGUUUACGUGCCGAAAGCACUGUUUGAUUCUGAAGCGCACCGUCGUGGGGGACGCCGGAUUGAUUCUGACCACAUGCGGUUCUUUAACAUGUGUCCAGCGCAUGUGGUGCACGGUCUUUUUUUGCAAUUCGCUCCCAUCGCAAUGCGGUCACCGCCGCCUUCAU